AUGGAGAAGAAAAAAAUUUAUGUAGAGACCAUCGGAAUCGCGCGUAAAGCAAUCAACAUUGCUAUUGAGACAGAUGAUUCACAAGUUCUUAGGUUUUUAAAAGAAUACAUUAUUCAAAAGAGACAUUCACUUGUUGAAAAUACAACUGGUGUAUCUCAUUUGGGUCAUGAAGCAAAUAUACUUAAGGAAUGUUCCAAGUCUAAUAUAAUUGAAACUUUACCACCCACCAAUAUUUCUAAUCCUAUUAAAAAGGUUAGAAAAGGUCGACCACCAAAAAUGAAAUGCUAUCAAUCAUCAUUAGAGAAGCAACCAUCAAGAAGUAAAGGGAAGCAACAUAAAUUGAUACAUGGUCCUGGAACAAAUACAUGUGGUGAAUGCGGUGGCAAAGGUCAUAAUCGCCGAUGGCAUAUUAAGCAUGAAAAUAAGAAUUCUGAUUUGUCAACUAUUUGCCAACUUUGUGGUGAUCGUGGUCAUAAAAAAGGAUUGCAUGACCAUGAUUAUACCGAAAUUAAUGAUGAAAAUGAAUGGACGGGGUCUAGUGAUACAGAAUCAACCUUUGAAUCAGAUAAUGAUAAUGCUUAA